AUGACAGAGGAAAAUACAUUAGACGACGUUAACAAGGACGUAGAUUCUACACAAAUUGAAAUGAAUGUGUCUGCUCCAGUAGAAGACGUAGAUGUCGAACCCAAAUCAAGGGAUUUAGAUGGUACUAUUGAAGACGGUCAGAAAGACAUUGGAGCCGGCCCCGAUUAUGAUGAUAAUAAUGUUAAUUGUGGUAAUGCAGAAGGGUCUACGGAGGAUUCAAGUGCAGUUGAUGGGCCAAAUGAAGCCGACUCUGCGAAUUCAUUAGAUAGGGCUGAGGUUUCUAGCGAAACGAAAGAGAAUGCCACUGAUGCCAUAAACAAGGAAAUGACGAAUGAUAAGCUAGACAAAGACGAGGAAGUGGCGAAAGUGGAUGAUAUUGAAGAAGAAACCAAACAGGAUGAGGAGAAUACCACUAAACACGAUAAGAUCAACGAAGAUGUCACUAAGGUUGAAAUCCAAGAGAAUACUAGUAAACUGGAUGAAAUAGAAGAAGAGGCCUCUAGAACGGAUGAAAUCAAAGAAGGAGAUGACACUAAAGUGGGUGGCGAGGUCGAAAGCGAGACCGUAUCUGAGGAGAAUGAAAACGAAAAUAUAGACAAGUUAAUAAACUCAAAGCCCACAGAGAAGGUUGAAUCUUAUUCUGAUGAUGAAAUUGAAUUGGACGAAGAGGAGUCCUCAGAUUCAGAUUCGUUAAGUGAAGACUCGGACUCGAGUUCUGAUUCAGAUUCGGACUCUGACUCAAGCACAGAAGGUGACGAUAAGAAGGUGUCCGCUGUCGAUAUAGAUGAUUUAGCAGAUGAUGAAGACGAGCCAUCGAAUGGACCAAUUGUUUCAAAAAAUGAGGUAGCUGACGAAUCGGCUCCUAAAUUGCCAGAGGAUUACAAGAUUCCCGAUAAUGCACCUUUAGAAUUAAUCGGAGAGAUUACUGGACUAGUUGAAAAAAGUGCCAUUAUCAAGGCCAAUAUUUCGGGAGAAUUCAGGGUACUUAAUGACAGUUCUAUUUUUUGCUUCGAAGAUAGAACUGUAUUGGGCCCAUUGUUUGAAACAUUUGGAAGAUUGCAAUCCCCAAUGUAUCGUGUUAAAUUUGAUGACGAAAAUGAAUUCAACAAACUUAAGGAUAAGAAAGGUGCUAAGGUAUAUUACGUGGUGCCAGAUUCACAGUUUAUAUACACCGAUACGAUUAAGAAUUUGAAAGGGACAGAUGCAAGUAACUGUCAUGAUGAAGAAUUACCGGAGGAAGAACAAGAAUUCUCAGAUGAUGAAAGAGAAUUGGCAGCUAAACAAUCAAAGAAAAGAAAGAAGAAAACCAAGACUACCAAAGAUAGUUCUGUGCUGAAUGAUCCACAACCACCAAAACAAACGAAUAAUAGAAAAAGACAUCAUGGUAACACUAAUAAUGCAGAGAAUCAGAGUAGUAACCAAAAUUUAAAGUAUCAACCAUACGGAUAUCCACAGAAUAAUCAGGCUCAGCAGCUUAAUGUACCUCCCGCAAGUAGCGUACAGCAUCAGCAUAAUAAUCCAUUGAUUCAUAGUUUACCAAAUCUACAAGUCCACCAGAUUUUGCAGCUCCAACAGCAACAGCAACAGCAACAGCAACAGCAACAGCAACAACAAGAGCAACAGCAACAGCAACAACAACAUCAAGGUUACGCGCCUCAUAUGCAGCCACCUCAACAGCAUGCUUAUUUUCCAUCACCGCAACAAGCAUACAACCAACCUCAGUUACAAAAUCAAUUCCAAGGUCAUUCACUGGUGUAUGGUAGUCCAUUCAAUCAACAACAACAACAUAAUAUGUUAGGUCACAAUCAGCAUUCUGUUUAUAAUCCAAAUCAUCAACUUCCAAAUCCAUAUUUCCCACAAGGCACCACAAAUUCCUAUGUUCCUAAUGUUCCUCAGACCAAUUAUCAACAAUGGAACCAGGGACCCCAACAAAAUCAGUUACAACAAUUACAACAACUUGUUGUCAACCAUUUAAACGGGCAAACACAACAACCACCAGCAUCCAAUAAUCCGCAAUACCCUGGAGGAAGUAAUCCACUGCAAAACUAG